UUCAGUCACAACUCUUUCAAUGCUUCUGCUUCUUCUUCUUUCUUCUUCUUCAAACCCUAAAAAACAAACCCUUUUUGAAAACAUGGGACAAAGGAUCUCUUCUUGCAUUCACCCACAAGCUGCUUGUUCCAAUUCGGUUUCUCCAUUUUAUGCUGAUUGUCAAAAACUGAAACCACAAGAACAAGAUCCUUUCUAUAUUCGGAUACAUCAUCAGGAGACUAAAAAAAAGUUUAAUUUUUUAUGCAAAUUUCAGAUUUUUCGCUGUUGUGUUUGAAUUUAGCUUCUGGGUAUUAUUAUAAUUUCUUAUUCUUUGAUUUUUAUGAAAACAGUUGAGUUAGGGAAGCUGAUUUCAUUCACUAAGAAGUUGCUUAACAAGUCAGAUCGCUAUGUGGCUUUCAAGGUUAAUACUCCAAAUCCAAAGACGUUUUGUGUUACCCCUAACCCUCUACUUGUGUUGCCUCCUAGGUCUACUUGUGAUAUUAAAGUUACAAUGCAAGCCCAAGAGGAGGCACCUCCUGACAUGCAAUGCAAAGAUACUUUUGUCAUUCAACGCGUGUUUGCAAGGCCUGGAAAAAUCAUGAAAGAUGUCACUCCAGAAAUGUUUGAAAAAGACUCCGGCUAUGAGGUUAAAGAGGUCAAAGUGACAAUUGUUUAUGUUGUUCCUCCUAAACCACCAUCCCCAGUUCAAGAAGGAUCUGACGAAAAUUUGUCUCCUCAAGCAUCUGUCUUUUCUGAUAAGGCAAGAGAGCUUAUUUCAAAGUUAACUAAGGAGAGGAAUUCUGUUAUUGAGCAAAAUCAAAAACUUCAGGAAGAAUUGAAUCUUUUGAGGCGUGAGGCAUGAGACACUGAAGCUGCCAACUAACUACAGAUCAAACUUCUAUGCUCUUUCUAGUGAGGAAAAGUAACGUUUACUACUAGGAUAAAGUUGUUUAAUCUGUUCUACUUUUACUCAUAUAUCAGUAGAAUGUUUAUUCCAACAGUACUUUCUUUAGUUUUGUAGUUGUUUGAAUUGCUUUGUUUUCCAGAAAAUCAAAGACAAUAGUACCUCUAUCAGUGUGUGUUAUGGGAUCCUAGACAAGUUGAUGAAAUAUCAUGGGAUCUGUGUUGUUAUUUGA